AUGCCUUCUGAUGAUGAGGUCUUCAAUAUCCUCUCGCUGGACGGCGGAGGAGUCCGUGUCUUGUCAGAAGUCAUGAUACUCGACAGGAUCAUGAAAAGGAUCCAAGAGAAGCAAGGCCUCGCGGAGACUCCAAAACCAUGCGAUUACUUCCAUUUGAUUGGAGGCAUUGGCACCGGAGGAAUCGCUGCUCUCCUUCUCGGAAGGCUUCGCAUGACGACUACCGAAGCUCUCACAGGAUACGAAAACAUCUCCACUAAGAUCUUCAGUACCGCCAAGAGAAGGCUUGAAUUCAACAUCGCUUUCAGAGAGGAAAAGGUCGAGCAAGGAAUGAAGAAGGUCAUGAAAGGCCGCAAAGACGGCGAUCAGAUGAGAGACGACAAGGGCGAACGUUCGACCGGGAAGACGUUCGUGGUUGCGCGACGAGCCGAUCACUCAUUACGACGCAUACGCGCCUACCGCCACAAGGAUCCCAACCAACUGGAGUCCAUGACCAUCUUUGAAGCUGCAAGGUGGGCCGCGAUCUCGAUAGAGCACAAAGAGGACCGGCAACGGUUCCCCUUCGACGAUACCAGGGACUUCAAGAACCCGAUAAGGGAAGUGCUUGACGAGGCAACGGAAGUCCUGGACAACACAGCCAAGGUUGGUUGCGUGUUGAGCCUCGGGGCAGGCUCCCGAGAAAUUGCCAACCGCUUCGACAUAGCAAAAGAUGGCAAGAAACGAAACAGCGAAAAGGCCCAUAUCGACAUGACGAGGCGUUUCGAAAACGUCCCAAACACAUACUUUCGGCUGGAUGUCGACGGCAUGGAAGACCGAGUUGAAGCUCAGCCAGCCCAGGAUCACAUUCCGCUGGUGAAGCGCGAAACGGAAAAUUGGCUGAGCACAAGUGACGCAAAAGGUUACAUCGACAGAAUCGUCGACGUCCUCAUCAAAGGCGGCACCACCACGGCAUCAGGCAUCAUCACCGUCGACAAACUCACCUUGGACGAGAUAAACCCCUGGAUUCCACCCAACUACGGUAUCGACAGCGACCUGGACCCCAACGACCCAGCCUACCGCGCCGAACAAGACGACCUCUGGGCGCAGUUCCGAGAGUACUGGUCCGCCCGCGGCUCCAUGGCUUCCGAAACCCGCAACCUCUACUGCCUCAUCCUCGAGCACAUGACGGCGCACAAGCACCUCUCGUGCGCGGUCCGCGUCGCCGAGGAGUUUUACAGACGCUGCGUGGCGCGCACGAGACCGUGCCCGCUCUCGACCGCCUUUUUUCUAACGGAACUCACCCAGGCAACCCUUCUCGCCGGCGAAGUAUUCGACGCUGUCGAUCGUAGCGAAGAGCUGGUUGCUCAUUAUACCACAAAUAAGGAACUAUGGGGCCCCGAUCACCAUUUCACCAGGGCUGCGGUGAAUGUGCUGGAGGUGGCGAAGGAGAACAGAGAGAAAAGGAUCAAAGGAAUCGCGAAGGCGAGGGUGGAGAUGAAGAAGUUUGAGGACUGGAAGGGGGGAAGAUCGGAGGCGCAGCUGAGGGCCGAGGUAGGGAAUGUGGGGUAUGAGACUAAAUACAGGGCUUAUCUGGUUGCAGUUGUGGCGAACGACAGGCUGCUGGUGGAAAAUGCUUGUAAGGUUAGGGGAGGGUGUAGGGAGAAGGGGUUUAGGGAUGUGGAUGAAAGGUUGGGCAUCAGUAACGAUGUUGAGAUCGAGAGGGGUUUGAUUAAGGAUUAUAGUUAG